AUGCCGCCUGAAAAUGCGCCCUUGGCCAUUAGCCCCGAGGUGAUCGGAUACGACACCUCGCCCCGAUGGGGGUUGGAGCCGGCUCCAAUCCUGUUCACCACCACCAAUAAUCCCCAGCAAACGCUGGCUAUUUUAGAUGAUGAAGAUAACAAAACGCUUCUGGACUUCGAGGAUUACAUACCUGGUCUGCUCUCAGACUUGAUUUUGACCCCUCAGGAAAAGAAGCGGCGGGUACUGAGGUCCCAGCUGGGGACGCUAGGCGACCACCACCGUGAAGACUUAUUCAUCAUGGACUAA